AUGCUCUCUCUACGUCAAUCAGGUAGAAGAUUACUACAACAAACUAAAAGAGCUCAAUUCUCUACUUCAGCCAUCACAAGACAUGCUUUCAGUGUUAAUGAUGAUAUAAGUGGUGAAAAUGCUGCUAAAGGUGUUGCUGACCAAUAUCACAUCAUUGAUCAUGAAUAUGAUUGUUUAGUCGUUGGUGCUGGUGGUGCUGGUCUUAGAGCUGCUUUCGGGUUAGCUAAUGCUGGUUAUAAGACUGCUUGUAUUUCAAAAUUAUUCCCAACUAGAUCACAUACUGUUGCUGCUCAAGGUGGUAUUAACGCUGCUUUAGGUAACAUGCACAAAGAUGAUUGGCAUUGGCAUAUGUAUGAUACCGUUAAAGGUUCAGAUUGGUUAGGUGAUCAAGAUGCUAUCCAUUAUAUGACUAGAGAAGCUCCUCAAUCUAUUAUUGAAUUAGAACAUUAUGGUGUUCCAUUUUCAAGAACUGAAGAAGGUAGAAUUUAUCAAAGAGCUUUUGGUGGUCAAUCAAAAGAAUUUGGUAAAGGUGGUCAAGCUUAUAGAACUUGUGCCGUUGCUGAUAGAACUGGUCAUGCUCUUUUACAUUCCCUUUAUGGUCAAGCUUUAAGACAUAACACACAUUUCUUUAUUGAAUUUUUCGCUAUGGAUCUUUUAAUGGAUAAUGGUGAAUGUGUUGGUGUUAUGGCUUAUAAUGAAGAAGAUGGUACUUUACAUAGAUUUAGAGCUCAUAAAACCGUUAUUGCCACUGGUGGUUAUGGUAGAGCUUAUUUCAGUUGUACUUCAGCUCAUACAUGUACCGGUGAUGGUUAUGCUAUGGUUUCAAGAGCUGGUUUACCAUUACAAGAUUUAGAAUUCAUUCAAUUCCAUCCAUCUGGUAUUUAUGGUUCAGGUUGUUUGAUUACUGAAGGUGCUCGUGGUGAAGGUGGUUAUUUAAUCAAUUCUGAAGGUGAACGUUUUAUGGAACGUUAUGCUCCACAUGCUAAAGAUUUAGCUUCAAGAGAUGUUGUUUCAAGAGCUAUUACCAUGGAAAUUAGAGCUGGUAGAGGUGUUGGUCCAGAAAAAGAUCAUAUGCAUUUACAAUUAUCACAUAUCCCUGCACCAGUUUUAAAAGAAAGAUUACCAGGUAUUUCUGAAACUGCUGCAAUUUUCGCAGGUGUUGAUGUUACAAAAGAACCAAUUCCAAUUUUACCAACUGUUCAUUAUAAUAUGGGUGGUAUUCCAACAAAAUGGAAUGGUGAAGUUGUCACCAUUGAUGAAGAUGGUAAUGAUAAAGUUGUUCCAGGUUUAUUAGCUUGUGGUGAAGCUGCUUGUGUUUCUGUUCAUGGUGCUAAUAGAUUAGGUGCUAAUUCAUUAUUAGAUUUAGUUGUUUUCGGUAGAGCUGUUUCAUUAACUAUUGCUGAUUCAUUACAACCAGGUUUACCACAUAGAGAAUUACCAAAAGAUUUAGGUUUUGAAAGUGUUGCUAAUUUAGAUAAAGCAAGAACUGCAACUGGUCCAAAAUCAACUGCAGAAAUUAGAUUAGAUAUGCAAAAAACUAUGCAAAGAGAUGUUUCAGUUUUCAGAACUCAAGAAUCAUUAGAAGAUGGUGUUGAAGGUAUUAAUAGAGUUGAUAAAACUUAUUCACAAGUUGGUACAACUGAUAGAUCAAUGAUUUGGAAUUCAGAUUUAGUUGAAACUUUAGAAUUACAAAACUUGUUAACUUGUGCUGUUCAAACUGCUGAAUCUGCUGUUGUUAGAAAAGAAUCAAGAGGUGCUCAUGCUAGAGAAGAUUAUCCAACAAGAGAUGAUGAAAACUGGAUGAAACAUACUUUAUCAUGGCAAAAAGAAAGUGGUGCUCCAACCACUUUAGCUUAUAGAGAUGUUAUUUCUAAAACUUUAGAUGAAAAUGAAUGUAAAUCAGUUCCACCAGCUAUUAGAUCUUAUUAG